AUGCCAUCUCGACGGCACACGUAUCACCCUAGUUCGGUUUGGAGCCGCUUCUCAUUUAUCUGCUUCGCAUUAGCGGCAUUCUCACAAAAGCAACAAGAACCGACCAGUGAACCGGAUUUUACAGCUGGCGCCAUUCCUGUGGAGGCGAGUUCGGGACGCACGGCCACGCACCACUUCUGUCGUCUGCGGGUUAUCGAAGCUGGUGUUGUCAAGCUAGGUUCGCUGAUGGAACUUCAUGACUCGUUCGACUACAGUACACAAACGUGCGAAGAGUUCAGCAGCUGGGCGGCUGUCCAACAAACUACUGCUUUCACAUACAUGCUCAAAAUCUACCAGGACGAGUUCGACAUCGAUGUGGAUUCGUCCGUUGUGCAACGACAUCUGCAGGCCGCACCGCUUACCACGAAACUGACGAGUGGACUAGCCUUCGACGCCUGUGGUUCAAAUCAACUGGCAGUGGAAUUGGCACAGAUUUUAGCAGCAGACUCCAUCGUUUACCGAAAAGUUGCAUUCACGAAUUUGUUUCACCACCUCCCGCCCUUGGACGACGAGUGUGGGGCGCAAAACUUCACAGAAGCUUUGAGGAGAUCUCCACCCCUUCUCGCAGUGAUUGGCCCAAUGUCAACAAGCAGUACUUUGGCCACAUCGCCGUUUUUCUCCAACUACCAGAUUCCCCACAUCUCGUACUGGGCCAGCAGCACUCUCUUUGACGAUGUGUCCGACUAUCCGUAUCUAUUUCGAGCAGUGCCCUCCGACAAAUUCCAAGCCGAGGCAAUUGCAGACCUGAUUGAACACUUUGGGUGGACCUUUGUGUCGUUGAUAGCAGCUGAAGAUGAUGCUUACAGCGGGCAGGGCUUCGAUUUGAUCGUCUCCGAAGCAAACAGGCGACACACAUUUUGCUUCGAGAUCGCUGUUCGCUUCAACAAGAGACCCGGGUUCCGUGACCAGUUGGUGAGUACUGUGGCCAGCUUAAAGCAGUCGAGUUCACGCGUUGUCAUCCUCUACGCACCUAUAUCUGCAGCCAGGGUGUUUCUGAGUAUGUGCCAACAGAUGAACGUGGACAACAAGAUCUUUGUUGGCAGCCAUGACUGGGUGAACAGGCUGACAUUCCCAGAAAACUCCAUUCAGGUCAAAGCGCCCAUUCUUGGCCUGGCACCACGAGCUGUUGCUUCCAGCAGCGUCCAGCGUUUGCUCCAGAACUUGACAAAGUCGUUGAGGGAUGUGGCGUACAUUAAAGCUGCAGCCACGGAGGAUCCCUGGCUCCGGGCAUACGUAGAAGACCAGCUACAAUGCGCCAUGGGGAUUAUGGACAGUUGCCAAAUCAAACUCAUGCCAAACCGCACAACACAGCUCCGUCAGUGCACUGAUGCCGAUAUUAAACGCUUCCUGCAGAGAGACUCAAUGGUGAUCGCCGAGUCAUUGAUUUUGGGCAUGAUAUCGAGCGUGGCUGCAACAGUGACAGCUAUACGUUCAAAUGAUAUCCGCAAUGGUACCGUACCUGGAGGGCCAGUCCAACUGAAGAGUUUAGAGAAUCUUGAACUGCCCUGUAAGAACUAUACUUCGUUCUGUCGUGUGUUUGACAAACUCCACCACACAACCCCAACAUAUUAUAUACAGAAUGUCCAGCUUACUGCAAAUGGCUUCCACGACAUAGUCUCCAUCGGGCACUGGAAAGAAGGAAGCCGCUCAAAAUUUGAAUGGUAUCCAGAUCAAGUGUUAGACUUGAAAAUGUUUGGUAACUUCACCCUUGACAGUACCACUCCUGCCACAUCCAGGUCCACUCUGAGGGGAUUGCCAGCAUCUAAUUGCAGCACAACUUGUUAUCCAGGCCAGCAUUGUGUAUUCAAUGCCAGCUUGCCAAUGCUGUGUUGCUGGUCAUGCGAGGUCUGUGCUGGGACUACAUUUUCCAAUGUCACAAAUGCUGACAGUUGCAGUAACUGCCCUCUUGGCUUUGGAUCAAACGGAACAUCCUGUUCUGAGUUCAACCCUGUGGAAUACGGCAUCAAAGACCCAGGAUUUAUAACAGUGACAUGUUUUGCCAUCCUAGGGCUGAUUCUUAGUGUUUCUUCAUUGCUGUAUUUUCGCCUGCAUCCCAACGCUGUCCUUGUAAAGGCAUCCGAUCUUACUCUCAGCACCCUGAGUAUGUCAGCCAUGAUCAUUGGGCAUUGUGUUGCUCUGGGUAUCACCAUCCCAGCCAGCAUCACCUCAACAUACUGCACACUGAGUGCAGUGUUGCCCGAGCCCGUCAAGACCAUUGUUGUCGGUUCAGUUCUAGUCAAGACCAAGCGCUUUGACAGCAUCUUCAGCUCCAUGACCAUCCUGAGUCGCAACAAGACUCGACGGCGUCUUCUUGGAAACCCGGUACAGCUAGCUGGUGUCUGCAUGUUGACACUUAUAAACAGUGUAUUGUCAGCUCUGUAUAUCAUUUUAGAACCAUCAGUUGCUGUCAAAAUUCCUGCAGUUCAUCAGCUAACAUUUCACUGUAGCAUAAGCCAUGUUUGGGUCAGUGUUUUAAGUGCGUUCAACUUUUUGCUUCUCGUAACUUGCAUUGUGCUGGCGUUUCUGACACGCAAAUUGCCGGAAGAGUACAAUGAAGCGCAGCUCCUGUACCUCGCUUCGUUGACCGGAUUUAUUGUUUGGCUCGGUCUGUAUCCAGCGCUUGUUGUCACCGGGCCAUCGCUUCGGCCACUGAUUCAGGCCAUUCUCCUGGAAAGUCAGAUAUGGGCGUUCUGGAUCUGCCUGUAUGCAUCGCGCAUGAUACAGAUGCUGCGCCACGAGAGAUACAGGCAGCCUCGUGAACUCAAGUCAGCCAACGGGCGGUCGCCAGCCACACGAACCUUGUCCUCCACCCUGUCCACUGAUCAACCUGGCUGUGUAGUAAUAUCACAAGGGGAAGACCUUCCACUUGCCAAUUAAUCAUCAACGUACAUAGAAGUAUAACACGGAAGGACGCAUCCAGUUUGCUGACAGUGCUCAACAUUGCGGUAAUACAGAGAACAAUAAUGUCAUUAUAACAUUAUACACUUUAGGCUCUGUCUCUCUCUCUCUCUGUCUCUCUGUCUCUGUCUCUGUCUCUGUCUCUGUCUCUGUCUCUGUCUCUCUGUCUCUCUCUCUCUCUCUCUCUCUCUCUCUCUCUCUCUCUCUCUCUCUCUCUCUCUCUCUCUCUCUCUCUCUCUCUCUCUCUCUCUCUCUCUCUCUCUCUCUCUCUCUCUCUCUCUCUCUCUCUCUCUCUCUCUCUCUCUCUCUGUCUGUCUGUCUCUCUCUGUCUGUCUGUCUGUCUGUCUGUCUGUCUCUCUCUCUCUCUCUUGUUCUCUCUUGCUCUGUCUCUGUCUGUCUCUGUCUCUCUGUCUGUCUCUGUCUCUGUCUCUGUCUGUCUCUGUCUCUGUCUCUGUCUCUCUCUGUCUCUGUCUCUCUCUCUCUCUCUCUCUCUCUCUCUCUCUCUCUCUCUCUCUCUCUCUCUCUCUCUCUCUCUCUCUCUCUCUCUCUCUCUCUCUCUCUCUCUCUCUCUCUCUCUCGCUCUCUUUCUAUUCCUCUAUUUUGCAUCUUCAUGUCUUUUAUGGUGAUAACUUCAUGCAGGCUCCCUUGACAGGCCCUGGAGAAUCCUGAAAUACAUGCAAAUAGAAAUUUUAAAAAACGCAUACCUAUUUUUUCCUCUCCUUCGUGCCUCUUAUAUGUACAAGUACAUGUACAGUAUCUGCAGCAACCAUACCAGGGCCUUGCAUGACACAUAGAGUGGCGACUCUAUGCAAAGAUUCUGCAAGAAGCUACAGUUCUGACUUGAGAAAUCAAACCCCGCGAAUAUAGUAUUAAUGAGACUAAUGAACUGUGCAACCUUCAGGCUCUUUCCGAUAAACAUUUCAAAUUUUCUACAAGCACAUUCCUUGCCUUCUCUGCAGGUGGAUACAGGUGGAAGAAGAAACUAACUGGCCAGCGUAAGCGUUGUUUUCUCGAUU